UCACAAUCCCGGAAAAGGAAAAACGGCCAAAAGACAGAGCAAUGAGGACAAUCACUUCUGCUUCUGAUUGCAUUUUGAAAUAAUAUUAUUUGAAAGAACCAAAUUGAUUCAUUUAUUAGUAUUAAAAUAAAAGCUCUUCAGCCUUGAUUACACUACAGCGACAGCAUGCAAAAACCUUCCGCUAGGCGGAGGGCGUGUAUGCAAAUGAGGGAUGCUGAUUCUGCUUUUCCAUUGGUUAGUUGAAAGUAGCCAAUGGGAGGCUUGCAAACAGCCUACCUCCCGGUAGUAUAAAUAUUUCUCUCGCGCUCGCUCUUGCUUUAUACUGCUUGUUUUUUUUCUGAAGGCGUUUGCUUUCUACACCAUUAUCCAUGUCAGGUCGCGGCAAACAAGGCGGUAAGGCUCGCGCCAAGGCCAAGACGCGCUCGUCGCGGGCCGGCCUGCAGUUCCCGGUGGGCCGCGUCCACCGCCUGCUCCGCAAGGGCAACUACUCGGAGCGGGUCGGGGCCGGCGCGCCCGUGUACCUGGCGGCCGUGCUCGAGUACCUGACGGCCGAGAUCCUGGAGCUGGCGGGCAACGCGGCGCGCGACAACAAGAAGACGCGCAUCAUCCCGCGCCACCUGCAGCUGGCCAUCCGCAACGACGAGGAGCUCAACAAGCUGCUGGGCCGCGUGACCAUCGCGCAGGGCGGCGUCCUGCCCAACAUCCAGGCCGUGCUGCUGCCCAAGAAGACCGAGAGCCACCACAAGGCCAAGGGGAAGUGAAAUGCUGGCCGUAUUUUCUUAACAUGGGUUUUUUCCUAAUCAAGAGUUAACCUAACAACUUGCAAAGGCUCUUUUAAGAGCCACCCACCUUUUCCACCGAAAGAGCUGUCCUGCUUUGAACUAUUACGAGCGCUUAAAAACAUGAAAUGUCACAACCCCCAGAAAGCUUUGCCCCCCCCCCCCAUAAAAUCAGUAACAAUUAGCUUUAAGGUAAAAGCCACACGUGAGUUUAGUGCAAGUGUGGCUAACGGUAUUCACCGUAUUUGGCCAUAUGAGGUGGGCUACUUUCUAGUCAGGCAGAAAGGGUUAUAGUCUAUAGGUAAGUUUGCAAGUUUAUCGCAAGGACAGCUUCAUACUUUGCAAAAUGAAAAUAGCGUUGGGAUCCUAACAUUUUAUGGUAAAGAUAAUACCCACAUUCUCCAUCUAGAUCCAAGGUGAUGAAAACGCACAUUUGCUUAAGCAAAUGAGAGUAAGUUACAGGUCCUUGAUAAUUUCAUGCUUGCGAAUAAAGACCAUUUUCCUAAUUCACAA